GGGGGAGGAGGGACUGUGAGUGCCUGCGGGAGCCGCCGCCGCCGCUGCCGCGGAGGAGGAGGAGGAGGAGGAGGCGGAGGAGGAGGUGGCUGCCGCGGCCGCCGCGGAGUCCCUUGCUGAAGGCGGACCGCGGAGCGGCGGGUGGCGCGCGCGCGCCCGAGCGGCGGCUGCUGGAGAAGUGGAGCGGCGGCGGCGGAGGAGGGACUGAGUGGCGGCGGCCCCCGCGUCCCGGUGCCUCUAUGGGGGAAGCAGACAAUGGAUUAUGAUUUCAAGGCGAAGCUGGCGGCUGAGCGGGAGCGGGUGGAGGAUCUGUUUGAGUACGAAGGGUGCAAAGUGGGACGCGGCACCUACGGGCACGUCUACAAGGCGAGGCGGAAAGAUGGAAAAGAUGAAAAGGAAUAUGCGUUGAAGCAAAUUGAAGGCACAGGAAUAUCGAUGUCGGCCUGUAGAGAGAUUGCACUUUUGCGAGAAUUGAAGCACCCUAAUGUGAUCGCAUUGCAGAAGGUGUUCCUUUCCCACAGUGACAGGAAGGUGUGGUUGCUGUUUGAUUAUGCAGAACAUGACCUUUGGCACAUUAUUAAGUUUCACCGAGCAUCAAAAGCAAAUAAAAAGCCCAUGCAGUUGCCAAGAUCUAUGGUUAAGUCACUACUUUACCAGAUUCUUGAUGGUAUCCAUUACCUCCAUGCAAACUGGGUGCUUCACAGAGACCUGAAACCAGCAAAUAUCCUAGUAAUGGGAGAAGGUCCUGAAAGGGGGAGAGUCAAAAUAGCUGACAUGGGUUUUGCAAGAUUAUUCAAUUCUCCUCUAAAGCCACUAGCAGAUUUGGAUCCAGUAGUUGUCACAUUUUGGUAUCGGGCUCCAGAACUUUUACUUGGUGCAAGACAUUAUACAAAGGCCAUUGAUAUAUGGGCAAUAGGUUGUAUAUUUGCUGAAUUGUUGACUUCAGAACCCAUUUUUCACUGUCGUCAGGAAGAUAUAAAAACAAGCAAUCCUUUUCAUCAUGAUCAAUUAGACCGGAUAUUUAGUGUCAUGGGGUUUCCUGCAGAUAAAGACUGGGAAGAUAUUAGAAAAAUGCCAGAAUACCCGACACUUCAAAAAGACUUUAGAAGAACAACGUAUGCCAACAGUAGCCUCAUAAAGUACAUGGAGAAACACAAGGUCAAGCCUGACAGCAAGGUGUUCCUCCUGCUUCAGAAACUCCUUACCAUGGAUCCAACCAAAAGAAUCACAUCAGAGCAGGCUCUGCAAGACCCGUAUUUUCAGGAGGACCCCUUGCCAACAUUAGAUGUGUUUGCUGGCUGCCAGAUUCCAUACCCCAAAAGAGAGUUCCUUAAUGAGGAUGAACCUGAAGAAAAGGGUGACAAGAAUCAACCACAGCAGCAGAACCAGCAUCAGCAGCCCACAGCCCCUGCACAACAAGCAGCAGCCCCUCCACAGGCACCCCCGGCACAGCAGAACAGUACCCAAACCAAUGGGACUUCUGGGGGCGCCACAACCGGUGUUGGGGGUUCUGGAACGGGGCUGCAGCACAGCCAGGACUCCAGCUUGAGUCAGGUGCCUCCAAACAAGAAGCCCCGGAUUGGACCUUCGGGUGCAAACUCAGGCGGACCCGUUAUGCCGUCAGAUUAUCAGCACUCCAGUUCUCGCCUGAAUUACCAAAGCAGCGUUCAGGGAUCCUCUCAAUCCCAGGGUACACUGGGCUACUCCUCCUCAUCUCAGCAGACUGCACAGUACCAUCCAUCUCACCAGGCCCACCGGUACUGACCCACUGCCCUCUGCUUGGCAGAUUCCAGCUGUAUGGUGUCUGCAUUGCAAAGAGCCACAGAAUGAAAACUGUAAUGCCAUGGAAAACUCAGACACUUGAGUGGAAAACUACAUGCCAAGUGUUUUGCAGGACUAACAUCUCUUCUUUGUUGACUUCAAGAAGAUUGUUGUGAAGUUUCCCCAGCCCCUCUCCCUGCAUGAGCUCCAUUGUGACUUCUCUGAUGAAGAAUCUGAUCUGAUCCCAGCACUUCUAUAACCUUCAGCAUUCUUUGAAGGAUUUCCUGGUGCACCUUUCUCAUGCUGUAGCAAUCACUAUAAUUUAUCUUUGCCAAGCUCUUUUAAUAGGAUUUUAAUGUUUUAGAAACAGGAUUCCAGUGGUGUAUAGUUUUAUACUUAAUGAACUGAUUUAGCAACACAGGUAAAAAUGCACCUUUUAAAGCACUACACAGUUUUCACAGACUGUAACUGUUUUGCUCUUGGAAGUCUUAAAAAGAAACUGUUACUGUCCCAAAGUACUUUACUAUUAUGUUUUUAUUUAUCUCGUUUCAGGGAAGGCCUAGUAAAAGACAAGUGGUGGGACAGAGGGUACCUACAACCAAAAACAGCCUAGAUCUUUGCAGUUUACUAUGCUUUAUGCUAUGAAGAACUGAAGUAGGUGGUGAUUUUUUUUAAUAUAACCAUCCACAUGGAACUUAGUUUGCAGAAUCAUCAUAUACUGAAUAAUAUUCAGUAAUUAAAAAUUAUAAUUUUAACUUUCAUGUAGCUAAGUCUACUUCAAAAAGGGUUUCAAGAGCUUUGAUGGAAUACAGUCCUCUGGUGACCCACCUCGGAAAUCUGAAGAGACUGUUAACUGCAUUAGGAUUUCUGAAAGGAGCAAUGUUGAUCAAAGGAUGUGUUACUGUCCCUCGAAUGAAAAGCUUUUCAUGUGUAUUGUAUGAAGUGUUGGCUUCUCUAAAGGAGCUUCAAAUCAGUUUCUUCAAAUCUGGGUCGGCAUGAGUAACUUUCUUAUAUAAUCAAGGAUACUCAAAUAGAAGCCUGAAAAUUCAUCUGCUUUUCAAAUAAAGAGCAGCAUUUUCCAUUUGUAUUUACACUAGACAUAGAGUAACUAUUUUUAAAGCAUGUUAAAAAUUUAGGUUUUAUUCAUGUUCAAAGUAUGUAUUAAGUAUGCAUAAUUUUACUGUUGUUACUGAGACUUAAUUCUGUCAAGAAUCUUUUCAUUGCACUGAAUGCUUUCUUUUGCCCCUAGGAGAAAACUUAAUAAUUGUGCCUAAAACUAUGGGCAGAUAGUGUAAGACUUUACUAGAUAAGGUGAAUAUUUGCAUUUCAAUUAUCUAUGAAUUAGACGGUGAGUUCUUUAUUUGCUACUUUAAGGAACCCCUCACCCUCCAGUGUUGAAAGGAAAUGUAAAGACUUAGCGCUCCCAUGGUAGAAUAGGGGGCAAAAAAAGAAAAAAAAUCCAUGUUCUUCUGAGUGCUCCUAGCAGCACCAGCUUUGUUUUAAAUGUUUUCUUGAGCUAGAAGAAAUAACUGAUUGUUGUAUAUGCAAACAAUAUGCAUUUUUAAAACUAUUCUUUGUGAACUUAUCUACCUGGUUAUGAUACUCUGGGUCCAUAUACAAGUAAGAUAAAAUUUUAGAAGCCAGUAUACAUUUUGCACUAUUGAUGUGAUACUGUAGCCAGCCAGGACCUUACUGAUCUCAGCAUAACAUAGUAAUAAAGGCUGUAUAGUGACACUCACCAAGACUGAAGAUGAAGCAGGGGUGUGCUCCAUUUGAGAGGAAUUUAUGAUUUGAUCUCCAUGGAUUUUAUCCCGUUUUUAAAAACAAGAAUCUAACAGCUUCCUGCAUAAUGUAGCUACCUAUAUAAAGUUCUGUCCUGUGCCCUGAAGCCUCAUUGUCCAGAGCUACUGGUUGUCAGAUGUUCACUGCUCCCUCGUCAUGGGCUCAGUGCUCAGCUGGGUGGAAAAACAGAGCAGGGCGCAUUCUUGUCCUUAUGGCCAAUUCAGUGACAACUGUACGGUCUCAUGGGAUGUCUGUGCCAUGUGAUUAACUUAUAAAUGAAACUUUCACAUGAUGUGAAGGUUCUUUUGUUUACUUCUAAACCCACUUGGAUAACUAUUCUGAAUUUUAUAGUGCACAGUGUUAUGGGGAGUGGGGGUUCUGUAUCUGACCACUUGAGAAAGCCAGUGAUUAGCAAUCACAAAAGUCUUCUAUGCAUAUUUGAAAUGUUCACAGCAACCUUCAGCAGCAGGUGGGUGGCCCUUGUGGACAGAACACACUUUGCUAAAUAGUUUAGAAAAAUCACAAUGGGAGCCGAGCAUAGUGGCGCACGCCUUUAGUCCCUGCACUCGGGAGGCAGAGACAGGUGGAUCUCUGUAAGUUCAAGACCACCCUGGUCUACAUAAUGAGUUCCAGGCCAGCUGGGGCUACAGGGAGACCCUGUCACAGAAAGACCGAAAAAGAAAAAGAAAAUCACAAUGAAAAUGGAAGCUCUGUUCUUGCCAUUAAGUGAGCUUGCAUUUAAUAAAAAGUAACCCUAAAUAUAUA